UAGCCUCAACGCUUUCGCGGUAGGGUUUAAGACUCUAGUCCCCAUUAAAACCCCGACUCCAAAACCAGAGGCCACCAGUAACAAAGGCCUUGGCCUUAUCUCAUCACAAGUCGCCGCCAUUUAUCGCAACUUUCUCAUUCAUGAAAGUUAUUUGAGCUGGCCCUGGUAAGGUGACCCGCUUUUCCUUUCACUCCUCUUUAAUGGACAUGAAUUUUUCUUUUCCUCAUUUAAAUCUCCUCUCUCUGAAACCAGAAUCCUUUGUUUUUACUUGCUUUCAUGGUGUACGUUCAAUUUAUGUCAAGCUCUCUUUGGGUAACCUGUUGCAAUUGUUUUUGCUCCUUUCAUGGCCAUGAACCUGGUGCCACAUUCAAAACUUAUGCUAUGACGCUUUGAAGCUCACAAAUUUCUUAUUUGAAGCUAUGAUGCGUUUCUCUGUAUUUUUUUUUCACUCAUUUGAGGUGCUUGAAGGUUUUUUUAGUUUAUGUUCUCUUCUGUGAAACUCUAGUAGCAUUAUCUGAACCUUAUUGCUUCUUCCUGGUGAGAACUUGGUUUCACAUUCAGAUUUUUCCUUUUGAACCCUGAUUAUUUUCCCUUUAGAGCUAACAGUUCCACUUCACUCAUUUGAUUUUCUUGAAACCCUAAUCGUCUUCUAUGAAACUUUUUUUUCUCUUGCCUUCUCUCCAUCUCGUUUUGUAUUUGUGGGGUGGGUAAGCGGGGCCCCAAGGCCAUAGCUAUUGGACUCUACUGGCAAGAAGCCAAACCCAAAAUUCUCUUUUCUUCGUGGCCAUGAGUAUCAAACCACAUUCAAAUGUUGUUCUCUGAAACCCUGUCUGUGAUGCAGACAAAUUCCUAUGUUGAUUGGCUCUUGGUUUUCUCGGACCUGUACAAAGAGAAUACCCCCAAAUUGUUCCCAUUUGUCAUCGGCUCCAGCCUUACGCAUAAAUUCUUAUUCCCCUGAUUUCAAUUUCAAAGAAACUGAGGAGGAAAGCAGAUAUCAAACUGUGAAAGGUUCCACAUCCUUUGAUUCAAAAUCAUCGAGUAAUGGCCUUCCUGAAUUGGAUAACUCCAAUGUUAUCAAAGUACUGAAUAAUCUCAUCAGAGAACCACUCCUUGCUUUAUCUUUCUUCAACCAAGUGAAGGGUCUAGGUUUUUCCCACAAUGUCCACACUUACUCCACAAUUAUUCAGAUUCUAUGCAGUUCAGGACUGCACCAUAAAUUGCGUAAAUUGCUUGAGGAACUUGUCUUUGAGACUCAAAACUUUGAAAUUUGGAGGCUUUUUUAUUCUCUCCCAAAGGAUUGUAAUGGAAGAGAGGCCAUCUCAUUUAAGGUUUUUGAUGGUCUUAUUAAGGCUUAUGCUGAUCGUGGAAUGUUUGAUGAAGCAGUGGGCCUUGUUUUACAGGCUGGCAACAAUGGUUGUUUACCCCAUGUUUGGUCCUGCAACUUCCUUAUAAAUUAUCUGAUAGAUAAUAAGAAGCAGGAUACAGCUGAGGCCUUGUUUCAUCAGCUGAAGAAAUUGGGAUUCAAUCCGAAUGUUUAUACUUUCACCAUCAUUGUGAAAUCUCUUUGCAAAGGGGGGAAAUUGCAGGAUGCACUUGAUAUGUUGACUGAAAUGGAGGAAAUGGGAAUAGCUCCUGAUGCUUUUACUUUUACAACGUUGAUUGAUGGAAUUUGCUUUAAUGGAGAAUCAAAAAUGGGUUACAAACUGCUCAAAACCAUCAGAAGCCGAGGAGUUUUGUUGUACACUUUUAGUUAUAAUAUUGUGAUUCGUGGAUUUUGCGGUGAAAUGAAAUUGGAUGAGGCUGAGCUGGUUUUGAGUGACAUGGAGGAACAAGGGAUCGCCCCUGAUAUGUACAGUUACAAAAGCCUCAUAACUGGGUAUUGUAAUGUGGGGAACCUUGUGAAAGCUUUAUCUCUCCAUGAGGACAUGAUUUCGAAAGGUGUGAAGACAACUUGCAUUAUUUUGGGUUACCUCAUUCAAAGCCUUCGCAAAAAUGGAUUAGCCAUCGAGGCAAUAGAGCUUUUUGAGAGAUUCAGGAACUCAGGUCUUUUCCUUGAUGAGGUUUUGUAUGGAAUGGUUAUAGAUGCAUAUUGCAAACAAGGAAACACAGAAGUUGCAUUGCAAUUGAUGGAUGAAAUGAAGGGGCGGAGGUUAGCACCUGACUCACUCCACUAUACAAGUUUAAUUGAUGGGUACUGCAGAAAUGGUGAUCUUGGUCAUGCUUAUAAGGUCUUUAAGGACAUGGUUGAGACUGGACUAGAACCGAAUACUGUUACUUAUAAUAUUCUUGCAAAUGGUUUUUGCAGGAAAGGCCUUGUGCAAGAGACCUUUGAUCUUCUCGAGUGUAUGUUGGAUCAGGGGCUGGUGCCAAAUCGUGUUACCUAUAGUACAGUUAUAUAUGGCCUCUGUAAAGGAGGCAAGUUGAAGGAUGCUGAGAGCUUCUUCAAAACAUUGGUAGAUAAAGGUCUUGGGCAUUGUUCAGUUACCUUUAGUGCAAUGAUCAGUGGUUACUGUGAACAACGUCAUACGAAAGAAGCGUAUGAACUUUUUAAAAGGUUGGUGAAGAAACGGGUUCUUCCUAGUUCCACUGCAUGCUCUAGACUUAUCAGUAACCUUUGCAAGGAUGAGGAUUUGGAUAAGGCAUUGAUGGUGCACGAGAUGAUGGUUGCUGAUGGAGUUAUACCAGACGAGAUCACUUACAGUACCCUGAUUUCUGCCUUUGCUCAAUUGGGUAAUAUGACAAAGGCUCGGGAUCUUUAUGAAAAUUUAAUGGUAAGAGGCCUCUCCCCUGAUGUUAUAACAUACACUGCUUUGAUAAAUGGAUAUUGCCGAGUGAAUCACUUGCAAGAAGCAUGUAAAUUGUUCAACGACAUGAAACAGAAGGGGCCAAGGCCUGAUGUUAUCACGUUCACAGCUUUAUUUGAUGGGUAUUUCAAGGAAAUUUUGCAAGAGGACCUUCGAUACAGAGGGAAGAGAAGAGUUCAAGUUGCUACCGAGAUUUUCAAGUUGCUUGAAGAAAUGAAAGAGAUGGGGCUUAAACCUGAUCUGAUUUGUUACACAGUUUUGAUAGAUGGUCAUUGCAAAAUAAACCGUCUUCAUGAUGCUUUUCAAUUAUUUCAAGAAAUGCUGGGCAGGGGAAUAACCCCUGACAUUGUGGCAUACACAACUUUAAUUUCAGGAUAUUGCAAUAGAGGGAAUGUUAAGAAGGCAGCAAAUCUGGUUGAAGAGAUGUUAUUCAGGGGUUUGAAGCCUGAUAAGCUAACAUAUUCGGUUCUGGAGCAUGGUGUUUUGAAGGCAAGAAAGUUGGAGUUUUCUAGGGAAUGCCAAUGCAAGUUACUUUUCACUCUUAGUCCCCCUGAAGCUGAAGCAUCUUCCAAAGCAUGGAAAUCCUGCUAAGGUGUCUUGUUCUUUUGGAACAGACCAUGCUAGACGCAUCUAGUACAUGUUUAUGAAUGUCUUCGUAUUUUCGAUUCUCAGUACCUUAUUGGUAAGGAAAAGGGUAAAAUGGAUCUUGUUCUUGAAAUUUUUGUCUUAUCCUUAUUUAAUCUCAGUACUAGUGUUGUAAACAAGGACACCAUUUGGGACUCUAUCGAGUUCCGAGUCCUGGUCGGGUCUGAAAGAUUUCGCUGAGUUUGCCAGUGAUUGAACCAGUUCAAAAAACAAAAAAGCAUGGAAACCAUUCAGACUCGGCUGGUAUCCGUGAAUUUGGUUCCCGCUGCUGAGUCUGAGUAACUCUUGCAAGUCCAACAGUUCCCCUGUGCUGCUUAGUACCCUUUAGUGGAUUCUAUUUUAGACUAAUAUGUCAGACUAACGUUUGAUAUCUCGGGCCAGUCCACUUGUAGUUGCCCGCGCUCUGACUUGAUAGAGUGGCAAGUCGAGAACCAAUCACAUGGGAACAGGCCAAGUUUCCCGGUACCCACUAUUUCUUAUAUUUUUUGGGCAGGGUCUACUGAGUUUCUGAUUGAUUUAGACUCAGGACCCUUCCGGGUUUGGACCUUAGUUUGUGUUUUCUUUCAUUGUGUAGAGACAGAGAAACAGUAUGCUGUAUCCAGCUUGUGCAAAACAGAUUUAAGAUUUAGAAGUCAAUGUAAAGGUUAUUCGUAAGUGCUCUUUGUAAUGGAUUUGAUCAUACACUUUAGGUUCAAUUCAGAAUGCAAGCACCUCUUUGGACAAAUAUUUAAUGGAAAUUAAGGAAUUUUUCUCCCACUCUUGUGCAUUAGGCUAUUGUUGGUUUCUUUUUUCUGUAGUCAAAGGAAACAUUUGUUGUUGGACUACGUUUAAUUUAUUCAACAAUCCAAAUCCCUAUUGCUGAGUUCAGUGGCUUAAAACUUGGUGAGUCCGUUGUCAGAGUUGCUAGGAGUUGGCAGGCUGCUGAGUGAGUCCGGAUCAAAAACCUUGGGAACUGGCUGAGUCUCACCAGUUCCCAAGGUUUUAUUGUUGAUUUUCUUAAGAAUUGGCUGAGUCUCUGACAGACUCUGCAUUGAGUUGCCAACUUGGACUCAGAACCUUAGCGAUUCCCCGACCCAUUUCCUUGGUUUAAAACACUGGCUGUGGUCAUGCCCCUAGCAUUUACCCACUUGCAGGGUCCCUUGUGCCAUUCUUAUUCUUCAAUUUCCUGGUUAUGCUCAGUUGUACUUUUCGUCUUAGUGAAGCUGUAGCAUGGUCUGCAAGCUUUUACCCACUAAGUAGUCACACAAUUUUCCCUAUCUCCUCCUUAGGUGACACUUUCUUUUGAAACUUUUAUACCUCCAUGAUGUUGUACUCACCUUCUACUAUACACAGCAUAAAAAAACUGCACAUAGCGCAACCUCUUAAACAGUGUUAUGGGAUUCGGCUUGAAUCAUUUUCAGUUCUCAUUCUCACAUAGUAACCUCUGAAAUAUAAAAUUUAUUCAAUUUUCAUUAGUGGCUUGAAUCAUAUUCGGUUUUCAUUCUCUUUAGUUGAUGGAUAGAGACUAUUUAGUGUUCGUGCAUAUUUUUGUGAAUCAGUUGUGGUAUUUUUAGCUUCAGUUAUAUAGAGGCCCAUGUAAAAAGAUCCUAGUGAUAGUAUUAUCUUUUUUCUGUGUGUUGUUUUACUUUUGGGUGUUUCAACUGUGGGAUUUGAAACUCGGUGUCGGUGUUGACAUUUAUCACCCUCAUCAUCAAGCAAGCUGGGUGAUCAAUUUCCAGACACUAUCAACACAUCUGAAUUCCAUAUUUCUUCGUAUCUCUCUUUUAUUCAAUUAAUGAGUUGGGGUUGAAUGUAUCUUUUUGCCAAAGAAGCCGGUUACACAGUAGAAAAUGCUAUGAUGCUUUAUGUAAAAGAAAUCUUUCUUUUAUAAUUGAAAAACAUGCAUCUAUUAUUGUAAAAGAGUUGCACAUUCAUCUAUAUAUUGACAGGGGUGUGCUGUUCCUAUGUAAAAUCUGUUGCAUAUUUUACUAACUUCUAGCAGAGGAAUGACAGACCUCAGCGGUCCCU